AUGAUUACGUCAUACUUAUUGCCCGCAGACAGCUUGGUGCUUGUUACAGGUGCCAAUGGUUUCAUAGCAUCUCAUACUAUCGACCAGUUGCUUGCGAAAGGUUUCAGAGUGCGGGGCACAGUUCGCGCUCCCAAGCCUUGGCUCAAUGCCUUUUUCGAUGAGCGAUAUGGCAAAGGACGCUUCGAAACCCUGGUUAUGACCAACCUCGGUGAUGCCCAAGAAUUGGAUAAGGCAAUGAAGGGAGUUUCAGGUGUCAUCCACAUGGCAUCUGAUCUGACUUUCAGCUCCGACCCUAAUGCCGUCAUUCCUUGGGUGAAGGAUUCUGUGCUCAAGGUUCUUGAAGCUGCAUCUCGGACUGAGACCAUCCAAAGGGUGGUUCUCACUUCGUCGUCACGAGCUGCCUUUACCUCCUUGCCCGGUACCACCAAGGGUCUUACUGUAGAGGAUAAUACAUUCAACGACGAUUCAGUCAAGGCAGCAUGGGAUCCAGAUACCCCCGCGGAUAUCAAGCCCUUUGCUGUGUAUUCUGCGUCCAAGACAGAAUCUGAGAAGGCCGCAUGGGAAUGGAUGAAAGACAACAAGCCCCACUUCGACUUCAACACUGUGCUUCCCGACUUCAAUACCGGAAAGGUCCUUCACCCAGAGAUUGGUGGCUCGACCAUGGGCUAUGUGCGCAAGCUUCUCAAGGGAGAUAGCAGCCCCUUCGAGACUUUCCCUCCCCAGUGGUAUGUCGAUGUUGAGGACACUGCUCGUCUCCAUGUCAUCGCACUACUCAGCCACGAAGUGAAGUCCGAACGGCUCUUUGCUUUCGCAGAAUCUAAGAACUGGACAGACCAUGUUGAAGCUCUUAGCAAACUGCGCCCCGACAACAAAUUGAUCCCCAAGCCUCCCGUGAACGAAGCUCGUGACGAAGCAAAUGUCGUUCCAGCCAAAAGAGCCGAGUCUCUACUCCAAUCAUUCUACGGCCGGCCAGGUUGGACUCCAUUCCACGAGAGUCUCGCAGCUGGCAUCGAAGGGCUUGAAUAG